AUGCAAAACUCCAAAGCCCUCUACCUCUACUUAUCUGACUGCAGGACUCAUACCAGAGAACAGUUGAACAUGAUGGACUGUAGGACAGGACUGCUGCUCUUAACUAUCUGCUGGGCAGGUGUUGAUGGUCAGACUCUGACUGAAUCUGAACCUGCAGUGAAAAGACCUGGAGAAUCCCACAGACUGACCUGUACAACAUCUGGAUUCACAUUCAGCAGCUACAGCAUGGACUGGAUCAGACAGGCUCCUGGAAAAGGACUGGAGUGGAUCGCUUAUAUCCGUUAUGACAGUAGCAGCAUUUACUAUUCCCAGUCAGUCCAAGGUCGUUUCACCAUCUCCAGAGACAACAGCAGAAACCAGCUGUAUCUGCAGAUGAACAGUCUGAAAACGGAAGAUUCUGCUGUUUAUUAUUGUGGUGUUCAAGGCUGGAGCAUAACACAGUCUGACCCAGUUGUGACCAGACCAGGAGAGUCUCACAGACUGACCUGUACAGCAACUGGACUAAGCUUUAGCAGCUACUGGAUGGGUUGGAUCAGACAGGCUCCUGGAAAAGGACUGGAGUGGAUCGCAACUGAUAGGCAUGAUGGUGGCACUAACUAUUAUUCGCAGUCAGUUCAAGGCCGUUUCACCACCUCUAGAGACAACAGCAAAGAGCAGAUGUAUCUGCAGAUGAACAGAGGCAUGUGA